AUGCUUUCUAAUCUACAACCACGAGGCCGCCGCCUCACUAUGGGCAUCACUGUCUCCUGCGGGAUGGCCUUUAUGCUUUUCGGGUACGACCAAGGAGUUUUCGGCGGCAUUUUGUCCUGUCAAUCCUUCCAGGCCACCUUUGACAACCCGGACACCACAGUCCAAGGACAAAUGACCUCGUCCUAUGUCCUAGGCUCUGUGUUUGGGGCUAUUAUUGCCAUGUUCGCCGGCGAUAUUUUCGGUCGACGACGGUCUAUCGCCCUAGCCUGCUUCUUCUGCCUCUUUGGGGGCCUCCUCCAAGCGACCUCCUACACAAUGCCCCAUAUGAUCAUCGGACGCAUAGUUGCCGGGCUUGGGGUUGGAAUUAACACUACCACCGUCCCCAUGUGGCAGAGCGAGACCUGCAAGCCAGAAUACCGCGGCAAGCUGAUAUCCCUCCAACUCACCCAUCUCGUCAUGGGCUAUGUGCUUGCGAAUUGGAUCAAUUUUGGCUUCACCUAUAUCUCUACUGAGUCAAUUAGCUGGCGCUUCCCCCUGGCAUUCCAAUGCGUGCUGGCCAUUCUCACUGUCGUCUGGAUUCCCUUCAUGGUGGAAUCGCCUCGCUGGCUCUGUCUCCGGGGCCGUCCUACUUCCGAGAUUCAAGACGUGAUCGUCCGUCUGUUAGACAAAGAACCCCAUGACGAGCAGGUUAUAGAUAUGCUCCAGACCAUCCAAAAUAUGGUGGCGCACGAGGCCGAAACACAGGGCGCGGGCUUGCGCGAUAUCUUCCACAAUGGACCGCAGCAGACUUUCCGCCGGAUUCUCCUCGGCGCCGGUGUCAAUUUCAUGCAGCAAUUCGGAGGCGUAAAUGUGGUCGCCUAUUACCUGCCUGUCGUGCUGAAGCGCUCCUUUGGGUUCAGUGAUCGGAUGGCACUGAUCCUAUCGGCGGUAGACUCCAUGCAAUGGAUGUUUUGGACGGGCAUGUCGACGUUCGUGAUUGAGAGAAUCGGUCGCAGACGCCUGUUGAUCUUUGGCGCGGCCGGUCAGUCACUCUGCUUUGGCAUGGCUGCUUUGGGGCUGGGGAUUAACACAAAGGCACUCAAUGGCGUUGCCGUGGCUUUUCUCUUCCUCUACUAUUUCUUCUUCGGACUCUCCUUCCUCGCCAUUCCCUUCAUGUAUCCAUCGGAGAUCAACUCCCACCGUACACGCAACCUGGGAAGCGCGAUUGCAAUGGUGACUAACUGGUGUGGAGUUUAUGCGAUUGUAUCAGUUACUCCUGUCGGCAUUGAGAAUCUUGGAUGGAAGUUCUACCUCAUCUUCGCCAUUAUCAACCUGGUCUGGGUGCCCGUCUGUUGGUACUUUUAUGUUGAGACAGCAGGGUUGUCGCUGGAAGAAGUAGACAGACUGUUCGAGAUCAAAUACGAGAGUGGUAACGGGAUGACCUACCGUGAGGCUGCUCUGAAGGCCAAGGAAGAGACAAGGGAAGAUCGUGAAGACAGAAAUGCUUCGCUGGGUGAUAAGGAGAGCAAGCAUGAGUCGGAGUUUGCGGAUGGUGAGGCAUAG